GCGCCUGCGCGCCGCGGGCUGACCGAGUCUACCCUGUCCGGCGUAGCCGACCGUGGGUCCAGCGGCCAUAGCCGCGUCUCCUCUUAGCUCUGCCACCAGCCGGGGCUCGGGCCCGGGCCCGGGCCCCCGGGACAUGGCCCUCCGGAGUGCGCAGGGCGACGGCCCCACCUCCAGCCGCUGGGACUGUGGCGCGGAGAAGACAGUAGGCUCCCCGGAGCCCAACUGGGGGCUCGAACUCACCACCCUGAGAUCAAGACCUGAACUGAUAAUCAAGAGUCGGAUGCUUAACUGACUGAGCCACCCAGGAGCCCCAAGCAGUUUUUCUUAAUACAUGCUUGUCUUCAUGUUUCAGACUUUAACGCCAAAAAGAAAAAGAAAGUGGCAGAGAUAUACCAGGCUCUGAACAGUGACCCCACUGAUGUGGCAGCCCUUAGACGCAUGGCUAUCAGCGAAGGAGGGCUCCUGACUGAUGAGAUCAGGCAGGAAGUGUGGCCUAAGCUCCUCAAUGUGAACACCAAUGACCCACCUCCUGUAUCAGAGGAGAACCUGCGGCAGGUGAGCAAGGACUACCAGCAAGUGCUGCUGGACGUCAGGCGAUCUUUAAGGCGGUUCCCACCUGGCAUGCCAGAGAAGCAGAGAGAGGGCCUCCAGGAAGAGCUGAUCGACAUCAUCCUCCUCAUCUUGGAGCGCAACCCUCAGCUGCACUACUACCAGGGGUACCAUGACAUUGUGGUCACAUUUCUGCUGGUGGUAGGCGAGAGGCUGACAACAUCCUUGGUAGAAAAAUUGUCUACCCACCACCUCAGGGAUUUCAUGGAUCCAACAAUGGACAACACCAAGCAUAUAUUAAACUAUCUGAUGCCCAUCAUUGACCAGGUGAAUCCAGAGCUCCAUGACUUCAUGCAGAGCGCUGAGGUGGGAACCAUCUUUGCCCUCAGCUGGCUCAUCACCUGGUUUGGGCACGUCCUGUCUGACUUCAGGCACGUUGUGCGGUUAUAUGAUUUCUUCCUGGCCUGCCACCCGCUGAUGCCCAUUUACUUUGCAGCUGUGAUCGUGUUGUAUCGAGAGCAGGAAGUCCUGGAUUGUGACUGUGACAUGGCCUCGGUCCACCACCUCUUGUCCCAGAUCCCUCAGGACCUGCCCUAUGAGACACUGAUCAGUAGAGCCGGAGACCUGUUUGUUCAGUUUCCCCCAUCAGAACUUGCCCGGAAGGCAGCUGCCCAACAGCAGGCUGAGAAGACGGCCGCCUCUACCUUCAAAGACUUUGAGCUGGCAUCAGCCCAGCAGAGGCCUGACAUGGUGCUGCGACAGCGGUUUCGGGGGCUCAUGCGCUCUGAGGAGCGAACGAAAGAUGUCCUGACCAAACCAAGGACCAACCGCUUUGUGAAACUGGCGGUGAUGGGGCUGACAGUGGCACUUGGAGCGGCCGCCCUGGCUGUGGUGAAAAGUGCCCUGGAGUGGGCUCCUAAGUUUCAACUGCAGCUCUUCCCCUAAAUGCCGGAGAGGAAGCUUCCUCUUCCAGUACAUUGAGGUCUCACCCUUCCAUGGAAGGAUUGGGAGGGGGUGGAAUUUCCUUUAUUAAAAGGGUUUCUGUCAAGGGUUUUCUAUUCCUGCCAGCCCCGCCCACCCAGGGUUUGCCUUUGCUUCAGAGGCAGCGGCGAGCAGAGGCCGCUGAGCAGAGCCUGCCGCUGGUGCUUGAAGGCCCAGCCUCGGCUCUGUCCCAGCAGGCUUCCCAGCGUGCUCCACUGCUGCCUCACUCGGCAGACAGAAUGGGUUUCUUGAGCUGUCAGUGGCUGCAGGAAUCCGCUGGGCUUGGUUACUGAGGACCAUCUUGGCUGCCCAGUAGUAAGUCAGCUGGGCCACCAAGUGCCCUCCUGGCGGCUCCUCCUGUUCCAUCUGUUGCCACUGGUCCAAGAAGGAGGGAGCUGCCGCCAAGGAAGUCGGGCCGAAGGCGAGGGAUACAGGCUGCUAGCCAGGAACAAGAUGGGCCCCUCUCGAGAGCAGCUCUGUUAGCUGGUCAGAAAUCAGACAGAUGUGAACUAGGUUACUGGGUAAAUCCUACCUAUUUUCAGCCUAGAAAUCACUUGGGCAUUUCUAGUCAAACAGGAAGGAAUGUGAGGCUAUAGGGCCCAGGUGUGAACUGGUUUUGCCUGUCUUCUUUUUCCUCCCUAUUCUCUUCCAUAAGCCACAUUAUGUUGCUUUUAAAGGACACUUUUAUUACUAUUUUUAGAAUCACAUAUACCCAACAUGUAAAGUGCCCUCACUUGAAAACAAUAGUUCCUUUACGGGAAAAAUAGUCCUCAUCACCAAGAUGAGCUUCUGAGACCCUGAAGUCUCCUUUCUCCUUAGCUGUUUAACAUCUCACUUGAGCUAGAGCUGCUGUGUGUUCACAGCCCCACACUUCCAGAACUCUCCUUCCCUUCUGUUUCCUUCUGACCACUUUUCUCCUCCCAAGUAGGUACCCACUCACUACCUUGGCUUCAUUUUUGGGAACCAGUUUAUCUCAACUGCUGGUCUCUCCUUCCUGGUUGAAAGCAUCAUUGGACCUUGUUGGCAACCAGAAGGGACACACUGCAGUCUGAAGGGUGUGGUGGAAACCUAGAACAGCCAGCUCCUGCCCCGGGCUUCUUGGGGGCUCUCCAGGCCUCAGGGGACAAGACCGACCGUUCAGUCCUUCUGGAUAGCUUUUCCUGUAAGCGAAACCAAGUUUGUUUGAGAUUAACUCUGGCUUGAAAAAAAGUGCCUUUUGCUGCUUUUAAAGAAUUGAUGUGUAUAGUAUGAAGCAGCCACAUGCUCUCAUUUUCUUGGUCUCUUGGGCACUGUUCUCUUGGCAGGUGUUUUCUUAAAGUGAACAUGCCAGAAGUCCUCUCCCGUAGCACACCCAGACCACAUAGUGGAGGGCAUUUAGUGUGCCAGGCAGCCGCAGGCCCUGAGCAGUGAGAUCAGAGAGGCGGCUUCACCGAGUCACUUGACGUGACACUAAGCACUUUAAACCAGAAGGUUAGAGUGGAGGGUUAUUCUCCACAGCAGGAGUCCCACUUGGGGUAAGUGUAAUGUGGAUGGAUUAAUCUGGACAGUGGUGGAUUCGUAAAGACCAAGGAAAUUCUUCCAGGACCCAGAGGUGGUAAUAUGACAGAUGGUCCCAGUCUUCUCCCCUGGCAAGUUUGCCCCCUUGUCACCUCUACAGGUAGAUAGCAGCUUUGGUGCCUCCUGCCACAGCACUGGGGCCUGUCUAUAAAUACUGAAGGAAUUGAUGGGGAAGAGGGAAGGAGGGGCAUGGGAUCAGGGUCCCGGGGCCACAGCCUUUGGAUCCCAGAAAGCAAGUGGCACAUGCGUCUGUUGUGGUCUAAAGAGGGGGUUCACUUGUUUUGUAGCUUUGCUGAUGUCAAGAUUCUCCCUGCCAGUGAGAAGAAAGCAUUAUCCUUUUACCUUCCGGUGGUUUACUAUUCUGUAAAGAAUACAUGUAAAUAUUUUGUACAGAGCCCUGUAUAAAAUAAAUAGCCUUAUGUGGUUACUAA